AUGCCGCUAUUUGAUACCCAAAGACCACCCUUCUGCUCUAACCAGCUGCACGCUUGGUCUGAUAACGUCGAACCUCGGAUGCGGAACCGCUAUGGGGAGUAUUACGAGCGAUUCAAUACUAUACAAAUCCCUAUUCUCGGGGAGAGCGAUUAUUUUGAUAAUGCCAUCGAGGUAGCAAAGCUCGCUUAUGGCCAGGAAGCCGAGUUUAAGCGAAUCUUUACAGAGAGGAACACAAAACGGCGGGAGAAGUUAUUAUCCCAAAUAGCUCAGAUUACAAGCCAAGUUAUAUACAUAGAUGAGAAUUUUCCAUGUAAAGAUGCCCGAAAUACAGUAUCUGAAGUAUGUCAAACUGGCUGCCUUCUGGAUUUUCUACGGCUUUUGAAGGGUAUUACCUAUGGCUGGGAAGCGGACGUUGCAGAAGAUGCGCAGCUGAAUAGCGGAACAUAUCUCAAUGACGAGAUACAGAGCUCUACCGAAAAAUCACAACCCAUGGAUGAUGAGAGGAUACAUGGCGCUCUUGAUGGGAAGGCCGAUACCUAUCACUACGAGAUAGAUUCUGAUUCCAAAGGCGAGACGCAACUGAUCGACGAUUUUUUCUAUUAUAAGGCUCUUAGGGAAGAGCAGCCAUCGACAAGUGCAACUUUUUAUCUAGGCACCUACACGUUUACCCGAUAUACGACACCUACGUCCAAUGGCACGACCCAUAAUCCCAAUGUUUCGGCGAGCGAUACAUCCACCUCAGAGAAUCAAAACAAAAAAAUACCUACUGCGCAAGGGAAAAGAAAGAGAGGUCAAUACGAUGAAGAUGUUAUUGACGCAUCUUUUCAACAGGCGAUAGACGGAAGCGCGACUGUUGAGAAACCUCUACCGAAUGAUGGUUAUUAUUGUGUCUCCAAACGCCAAAAACUUAAGAUUCCUUCUCCGCUUGAAUCAACGUCUACCAAUUUGCCUCCCCAGCUUGUUACGCACAAAGGCACAUCUAGGAAACGAUCUAGACAUAAGAAUCGCAAUGAUUACGAUGAUUAUGAUGACUACGAUGAUGACCAAGACCAGGGGCAUAAACAUAAACGUCGAAAACUGGAGACUCCUUCUAUACGAUACGUUAGAGACCCCGAAGCCGCUGUCACGAAGACCAGACUUGAACAUAAUACCUGCCGAAAAGGAAAGAAGUCGUCCUUUCAGAUGUCACGCUCUUCAAGGCCGAACACCAGGUCCGCAAAGAGAGAAGAGCCCUUUUGUGAGUUGGAUCACUCGGGCACAAAGCGCUCUGUAUAA